AUGUCUGUCUCCUGUGGAACCACCGAAAUCAUCUCACGCAAGAAAGCACUCUAUGGUCGCUUCAUAGAUACAAAACAGUGGGAUAAGUUAUCUUCCAUCGCCCUUCCAGAUGCCGAGCUCCGCUUCUUCGAGCCGGACGGCUCCCUCACCCAUGUGGGCAGGACACCCUUGGCUUUUACAUCAUCAGAAGAGUGCGCAUCCUUCUUCCAUAAGCUUUUAAGAAAUGCUCAAACGCUCCACAUGUUUGGCCGGGGAGAACUAGACCAGAUAAAUCCAGACGAAAUCAGGGCCAUAUGGCCUAUGGAAGACCAGAUCAUUCUGCGGCAGGGCUGGCUGUCCGUCGAAGUCCGCGGAGGAGGUUAUUACUACGAGACAUGGAGGCAGAAGGAGAACGAUUGGUUUCUUGAGUCAUUGGUUCUACGAAGAACUUAUACCAAACCCAGCUUUCUGGCUUGGCUUGGAGCCCUCCUGUCGUCAUGCUUCAGGCCAAAGGAAGAUACAGUGUUCGACACCAUGAAAAUGACACAUCAUCAGGACUAA